AUGAGGACGAGGAGGAGGCAAGCGAGAGUGAAGAGAGCGACGAGUGAAGAGAGCGACGAGGAACGUGAAGAAGCUAACGCGGAGUGGACAUAUUCUGUCACCGAAAUCAAUGUCUCUCCGUUUACCGAGGAUAUUGGUCCAACAGCACAACUACCAGCAGUGGCAGGGGCUUUAGACUUUUUCAAGCUCCUCUUCACAGACGAGAUUCCCGAAGAAAUAGUCCUUGAGACUAACCGUAAUGCCGCGCAAAAGACGAGGAUUGUGAGCGACCCGAAGUGGUACGCAACAACGAAGGACGAACUUUGUGCAUACUUCGGAAUACGCUUUCUUCAAGGUAUCAAAUCCGUCCCCUCUGAACGGCACUAUUGGUCAAAGAAUGAAUUCCUUUCGGUCAAGAAGAUCAAGGAUGUCAUGCCAAGAGAUAGAUACCUAAAAAUCACACAGUAUCUUCAUUACAACAACUCUGCAACGGCAAAGCCACGCGGUCAUCCCGAGCACGACAAGCUUCACCUCAUCCGGCCACUUAUAACAAAGCUUGGAGAAAGUUUUCUCGUCCAGUAUAAGCCAAACAGGGAGAAUGCGAUCGACGAGGGCCUUGUUAAAUUUAAGGGACGGCUUGCCUAUAAGCAGUACAUGCCGAUGAAGCCUGUGAAGCGUGGCAUCAAGGUUUGGAUUCGUGCGGACUCCAUUACGCACUACGUGUCACGCUUCCAGGUCUACACUGGCAAACCACAACAAGGCCAAGAAGCUCGGCCUCGGCAGAAGAGUUGUGGAGGAACUUUCCACCGAAGGAACUGA